CCCAAGAUGCCACCGACCUCAAGGGGCUCCAGCGGUGAGGUCGCGGACACGCUGAAACCUACCUCUAGCCUCUUCCGGGCGCUAUCCGUGCAGGGAUUGGCUGGUUUCGCCUUCGCGUCACCGAAGAGGCGGGACACAGACGGCGAUUGGGCGACGACGGACUCUAUCUCGGUCAACUUCCCUCAGGAUAUGAUUUGCUCGUCCCGAACCAGAGUACUUGCUUUACAAUUGGUCUAAACGCGGAGUAGGCGGGACGAAGUGCCGCCCUGUCCCUGGUCCAAGAUGGCUGCGUCCGUGGCGCGGCGCUUGUGGCCUUUGUUGACUCGUCGGGGACUCCGGCCCCGGGAAGGCUGCAUCUCCAACCACAGUCCAAGGAGAAGUUUCUCUACAGAGAAACGAAACCGGAACCUCUUGUACGAGCAUGCGCGCGAGGGCUACAGCGAACUCCCUCGGCUGGACAUAGAGCUGCUCUGCGCAAGCCCAGAAGAGGCCGCACGCGCUCUGGAGCUCCGCAAGGGGGUGCUGCGCUCGGCGGACCUGCCCGCGAUCAUCUCAACAUGGCAGGAGCUGAGGCAGCUGCGGGAACAGAUCCGGAGCCUGGAGGAAGAGAAGGCAGCCGUGACGAAGGCAGUGCAGGCCCUACUGGCAAACCGAGACCAUGGUGAAGUGCAGCAGGUGCGGCUGGAUCCAGGCACUGGCUCCAUGUUUGGUCCUGCGUUUCUCGCAUUCCCAGGCCAUCUUUCUCCCCUUGUGGAGGCCCAGCUUGAAGAGGAGUUCUACCUGCAGGCGCUGAGGCUGCCCAACCAGACCCACCCAGACGUGCCCGUCGGGGAUGAGAGCCAGGCUCGAGUGCUCCACGUGGUCGGAGACAAGCCAGCUUUCUCCUUCCAACCCCGGGGCCACCUGGAAAUCGGCGAGAAACUCGACAUCAUCCGUCAGAAGCGCCUGUCCCACGUGUCUGGCCACCGUUCCUAUUACCUACGAGGGGCUGGGGCCCUCCUGCAGCACGGCCUGGUCAACUUCACAUUCAACAAACUUCUCCACCGGGGCUUCACCCCCAUGACGGUGCCAGACCUUCUCCGAGGAGCAGUGUUUGAAGGCUGCGGGAUGACACCAAAUGCCAACCCAUCCCAAAUUUACAAUAUCGACCCCUCCCGCUUCGAAGAUCUCAACCUGGCUGGAACAUCAGAGGUGGGGCUUGCAGGCUACUUCAUGGACCACAGCGUGGCCUUCAGGGACCUGCCAGUCAGGAUGGUUUGUUCCAGCACCUGCUACCGGGCAGAGACAAACACGGGAAAGGACCCCCGGGGGCUGUAUCGAGUCCACCACUUCACCAAGGUGGAGAUGUUUGGGGUGACAGGCCCCGGGCUGGAGCAGAGCUCACAGCUGCUGGAGGAGUUCCUGGCCCUUCAGAUGGAGAUCUUGACAGAGCUGGGUUUGCACUUCCGGGUCCUGGACAUGCCCACCCAGGAACUGGGCCUCCCCGCCUACCGCAAGUUUGACAUUGAGGCCUGGAUGCCAGGCCGUGGCUGCUUUGGAGAGGUCACCAGUGCUUCCAACUGCACGGACUUCCAGAGCCGCCGCCUCCACAUCAUGUUCCAGACUGAAGCUGGGGAGCUGCAGUUCGCCCACACGGUGAACGCCACUGCCUGUGCUGUCCCUCGCCUCCUCAUCGCACUCCUGGAGAGUAACCAGCAAAAGGACGGCUCGGUGCUUGUGCCGCCCGCCCUCCAGCCCUACCUCGGCACUGAUCGGAUCACGGCCCCCACCCACGUGCCUCUCCAGUACAUCGGCCCCAACCAGCCCCGGAAGCCUGGUCUCCCUGGCCAGCCUGCUGCAAGCUGAGAACCCACCCAUGGCAGCCCUUGGGGGUGUCACUGCUUCCUGGAGCUCAGGAGAUCUCAGACACCUGGGACCUGUGUUCCCGAGCCCAUCCUGAUACCUGCGAUCCUCCUGUCAGCUCCACACCUGGGCCCCUGGACCCCGGGUCGACCUGUCCUCCAUCCCUGUGCCUCAGAGUCAGUCACUGACCCUGUUAUCAUUGAGGGUCCCCGUGGCAAGCAGGACAUCUGGGCUUUACGGUUCCAGGGAUGGGAGAAGCAGAGGAAGAGGCCUCCAUCCCUCCUUCCCUCCUUCCCUCCUUCCCUCCCACAGUGCUGACCAAAAAGUCCCCAAUAAAUGGUCAGGACGAAG